ACAGCAACGCUCUGCAACAAACGGACGCCAUUGUUUUUUCCGCUUAUUCUACUUAGAAUCUAGCAGUACGAUUCAAUGAUGAGCAACAAGCCUAAAAGCCACAAGGGCCUGGGGGAAGGACAGUGGAUGGCAAGGCUGAGGGCAUUUGCCAGCUCAGGGGUUUGGCCUUCUGGAGGCAACAGACCAGCCCCUAGGCAGCGGAAGUGGUAUGCCCUCUAUCAGAAGAUUGAGAAUUGCCCCAUGCAGGUCCGUGGACAGUCCACUCUGUUUGGAGGGUCAGUGGCCUGUAACUGUGGCUUUCACGGUGCUAAGGAUGCACCUGGAGGAGUUCAGCUGGCCACUGCGGGGGCUGCAGCUUCGGUGUGGUUGCCAGCAGAGAUGUAUAAAAACAUCCCUGUCCAAGACCAGAGGUGGAUUUCAAACGCCAUCUUCCACUCUGGCAAACUGCGGCAAGACCUGAAGCUGUGGUACGAGCCCCCUGCCCCAGCCCUCAUCUACCACCAGACACCGACACCAGACCGCUUCUUAAACCACAGGCUGAUGGUGUGGAUGCCCUACCACCUGUGGAAGGUGAGGGUAACCUGCCCUGAGUGUGGGAAGCAGCUGACGGGGUACGGUGUCCACAAGAGGGCUCGGAAGGUCCUGGACAUCGACAGGUAUUACCUGAUGGUGACAGAGACACUCGGGUGCACUGUGUGUUCUGUGAACUACCUGUCCACCUCCGAGACUGUCCGGAAUCAGCUGGACCUGCCGCACCAGAAAAUGUUCCGGAUGAUCCUGACCCGCCAGUACGCCUGUGACAUCCGUGUCAUUCGCCUGCUGCGUGACCGGACUCUCGGGAACAGUCCAGCACGUCUGGUGAAGCAGCUGAAGGAGAACCAUGGGGAGGAAUGGCUGAACAGGUUGGCACACUAUCUUGGGGAGUGUGCUGAGUUUGUUGGCCGGCCAAGCCUCUUCCCAGUGGUGUGCCAGGAUCCCCCAGAGCCCAUUGAUGUGCCCACCAGUCGCUGGCUGCUGACGGUCUAUGGCAGGGACAUCCUCUCUCGCCUGGACCAUAUUAAAGCCAGCAUCACAUCAACGUUUGGCUCCAUCUUAAAGAUGGACUCAACCAAACAGAUCACAAAGAAGCUGGCUGGCCAUGCCAAGGGGACUGGUCUCUGGGUCACCUCCAUUGGAACGAGGUUGGCCAGAUCGUGA